AUGUUUAAAACAAGAGAAUUAUCAGUUGCUUGGAAAUGUGGUGUAAAAGAUGGCAGAAAAUUGAAAAAUCCAGAUUAUAUUUCAUCUGAUCAAGACAGGAAAAAAGUGGAAGGCCUAGAACAAUUUCUGAGAGAUGUCAAUGCACCAAAACAAAAUAGUUGA